AUGGUAGUGGUGGCGUGUCCCGAUUCCUCCCUCGUCGACGUCCAUAUCGAUCCGGACCGCACUCCCUCCUCCUCCAACCAUGACUAUGCCUCAGCAUACUCAAGGAUUCGAUCAGCAGCACGAACAGCAGGCACAGGCGUAUCCUCGGUCCUCGUCCUCAGCUCUCCCGAUGUCGACUCGGUUUGCGCAACUCGCAUCCUCACUUGGCUGUUCUUGCAAGAUGAUAUUCCACAUCGCAUCGUACCCGUCGAAGGAUACCGUUCACUGCUCAACACUCUAUCCACCGUCUUCCCCCCACUCAGCCAACAUGAGGAUCAAGAAGGUGCACGGCCAACAAAUCUAGCUUCCUCCUCAACCUCAGCAGACGUACGAUCCGUCAUCUUGAUCAAUCUCGGCGCAGUACUCGCUCUACCAACAACGUUUGACAUCCCACCGAGCUGUACGAUCCACGUGAUUGACUCGCAUCGACCGUGGAAUUUGGAGAAUCUGUUUGCGACAAGUCAUGCCAACGAUCGCGUUUGGUGUUGGGACGAUGGUGAGAUCGCCUCGAAACUUUGCAGACAGGGUGGCGAGAGGGAUGCAUUCGAAAAGCUCGAGUUUGAUCUCGAUUCUGAUUCUGAGCAUGAUUCUGACGAUGCCAGCAAUAGCAGCAGCAGCAGCUCCUCCGGUAGUGAUAACGAAGGGGAGCAAGGGGAGGUUGGUAAACGUAAACGAUCACGCUCUUCCAAAUCCCCCUCCACCUCCAAACGACGCAACCGGCACAACUCUUCCCAACCGCCAACCUCCUCCGCUACCCGACUUAGCAACGCCGAACGACACCGAUACCGCACCGUCCUAACCCGCUACUACAAUCGAGGCGAAUCCUUCGGCAUGUCCGUCUCCUCUAUGCUCUAUCUACUCUGCGAAUCUCUAGGUCGCGCUGAUCGAGAAUCGCUCUGGCUUGCCAUCGUCGGCCUUACUUCGCUUUACCUUUCCAACUCGAUCGACUUGGAAACAUAUGAAACUUAUUCUGCUGCCUAUGCUUCUGAAGUUAUCGCGAUCGAGCCCAACUCUGCUUCUGCUCCUCACGAAGCUUGGUCACUUGACCUUCUAGGCAAAGAGACAGCAGAAGAGACAGGUGUGGGCGUGGGGCCAGGCAGAAAAGCAGACCGAGCCCUGCGCAAGGGCAUCUCACAAAACACCAAAUCCGAAGACGCAGAUGAUAGAUCCAUCCGCAUUAUCCCUUCCGAACUCCGUUUCACCCUGUACCGGCAUUGGAGUCUAGAGACAGCCAUGUACCACACCGCCUACGUAGCGGCCAAGUUGGGAAUCUGGCGAGAGCGCGGUCUCUCCAAACUACGCGGGUUGAUGGCCAAAAUGGGAUUCUCCCUUAGCGCCGUUCGACAGAAUUAUACCCAUAUGCCUCUCGAUCUUAGGCGUAGUCUGGUGAGGAAACUGGAAGGAAUGGCUCCCGAGUACGGGCUAACCGAACUCACAUAUCGAGGUUUCGAGCGGUCCUUUGGCUUUCGCACCGCCCCACUUGGCGCAGGAGAUGUAGUAGAGGGAUUGUCGGCGUUACUAGUAGCUGCACAUGGGGUCAAGGUUGAAGUAGAGACGCCUGGGAUGGUGUUUGCUUCUGCUUCUUCUGGUGCUGGACGGGGGGGAGGUGGGCCGUUGGGCAAUAGUUUUGCUGCGAAUCUGAAUCCUGCUAAUCCCAACGCGCAAACUUCAGAACUCUUUGCGACAAAGAGAGUUUGGAAUUUAGGUACCAACCUCACCGAUGCUGUCAACUCUGCCAUCGCUGCGACAGCGGCCGGGUCCGGGAAGGAACAGACCGGUGCCAAUGCAGGACUGGACCUGGAUAGUGUAGCUAGCCAAGCAAACGCAUCUGCUCAAGAUGUCGCUAGGUUGGAAGAGGCAGAGAGAGAAGUUUGGGUGACCAACUUUUACGAAGCUUAUCGUGCCCUCGAUACUUGUCGCUCUACCUCUGUCGAUCUUUUACGCUCUUCUUUGCUACUCUCGCAAGCGCUACACCGGAAGAUUGUCGCGAGAGGGAUAAGUUUGAUCACAAACCAAUCCAUCCGAACCCUCAAAAACUUCCGUCUAGCAAUCCUCAAAGAUGGAUCAGAUCUGCAACUCUUUACGCACGUCGAAAUCUUAUCCCGGCUGGCAAACUGGCUUACUACUUCGCUACGAGAUAUUCUUGUUGAACAACAAACCCUAGGAGCGCAAAGGAAGAAAAAUUCAACCAAGGCCAACGCAGCAGCUUAUGCUCCGCUUCCGUUUAUCUUGGCAGCCUUGCAUCCGGGGAAAGAUAGCUUUUUGGUUUUGGGUUCGACAGCAAGUGCAGUACAUGGGAUGGUGGAAAACAACCACUUUACUGCAGCUUUUCAAAGUGCCGCAAAGUUGAGCGGGGCAAGGGUUAGACAUGAUCGCUUCCAGACGUUUAGUAUUCUUGUUAGAAAGAGUGAUUUGGCCGGUUUUGUGGAAAAGGUUCAUUUGAAGAUCAGGUAA